GGCUGCAACAAGAACGAAGACAGCCCGUGAAAACCGACAGUGCUGAAAGUGAAGACUGAGAUUCAGAAGCUGAGGUGCCCCUGUGAUCCAGGUCUUCCACCCUGAAACCCCACCCCUGCAUCAAGGUCCUGCCUGGAGAGUCUACCUUGCAAAGCUUCCUGCUCCUGCACAUGCCACAGGCCAGCAACCAGAGCCCAUCAUCUCAGAGGCCCCUGUAUGUCCUUCGAAGGAACCAGGACCCUCAGAGCCCAGCAUCCAUCCUUGUCGUCAUCAUCACAACCAAAGAAGAGCAAGCCUGGCAGGCGGGGUUACAUCUCCAGGAUGAUGGGCUGCCAGCAACUGCACAGGAUACGGCCACCUGCUUAACUGUGCUGUCCAGCCAGCCAGCCAGCUGCAGGGCCUCUUGCUGCUCAAGAAGAGCUGAUGGGCCGGGGACAUUGGAUCACACGUUACUGGGAAACUGGACCACACAGUAUUGGGAAAUGGGAGCACAGUACUGGGAAAUGGGAGCACAGUACUGGGAAAUGGGAGCACACAGUACUGGGAAAUGGGAGCGCAGAGUACUGGGAAAUGGGAGCACACAGUACUGGGAAAUGGGAGUGCAGAGUACUGGGAAAUGGGAGCAGAGUACUGGGAAAUGGGAGCACAGUACUGGGAAAUGGGAGCACACAUACUGGGAAAUGGAGCACAGUACUGAGAAAUGGGAGCACAGUACUGGGAAAUGGGACACCGUACUGGGAAAUGGGAGCACACAGUACUGGGAAAUGGGAGUAUACACAGUACUGGGAAAUGGGAGCACAGUACUGGGAAACAGGAGCACACAGUACUGAGAGAUGGAGCACAGUACUGAGAAAUGGGAGCACAGUGCUGGGAAACCCCAUACCUGGAUUCUGAGUUCUUCAGCCUAGCCCAGACUUCUUAUCUUAGUAGACAACAAGAGUCAAGAGAAGACCAGAGAACCACAG